AUGGGAGACACCGAAUUGUUCAACGGCGAUCCGGUCAGUCUGAUGUUGAACACUGAGUCCGCAGUCAUGGAGAGUAAUGGGGAUGCGCUGCUUCCAGACCCAGCACUGGGACAGACCGGGGAGUGGCCCCUGGACCAAGUGGCUCCGGACGCACUCAACAACAUGGUGGCCAACGCAAACCAGGAAAGCAGUCAGCAGAAGACUGUGGAGCAGGUCCAGAUCACGCAGCUCAGACAGGACCAAAACACGGCUCCUGCUCCUCCUGAAGUCCCCCCACCACCACCUGAGCCAGACGCCACACAGCCAGAGCAGCCCAUAACGCUAGAGGCAAAAGACGGUGAAGAUGCUUCUGCGCAGCCAGGAGAAGAUGGGAUGGAGAUUGAAGCUCAGCCUGAAGUCUCUACGUACAUCCAUUCUGAGCCCAGCGAAUUUGACAAACUUUAUAAAGGAUGUGAGGAAAACUUGGAGGAUUUUAACGGCUGGAUUUACCUUCUGCAGUUUGUCGAGCAGGAGCCUUCUGUUGACCCGGUCAGAAAGGCCUUUGACCACUUCUUCCUGCGCUAUCCCUACUGUUACGGCUACUGGAAGAAGUACGCAGACCUGGAGAAAAAGCACGGAAACAUUCAAAUCGCAGAAGAGGUGUACAGGCGAGGACUGCAGGUGAUUCCGCUCAGUGUGGAUCUGUGGCUGCAUUACAUGACGUUCAUCAAGGAGAACUCUGACCCCAACGACCCGGAGACAGAAGGCCGCAUCAGAGCUGCAUAUGAGCAUGCUGUUCUGGCCGCUGGGACGGACUUCCGCUCAGAUCGUCUGUGGGAGUCUUACAUAAACUGGGAGAUCGAGCUGACCAAACUGGCCCACGUCACAGCCAUCUACGACCGGCUGCUGGGGAUCCCCACACAGCUAUACUCCCAGCACUUCCAAAAGUUCAAAGAGCACGUGCAAAACAACCAUCCCAAGCACUUCCUGGCGGAGGAGGAGUUUGUGCAGCUCAGGGUGGAGCUGUCCAAGGCCAGUCUGUCGGCGAUGGGGGGAGAGGAGGGAGAGGCCAGUGUCCCGCCGGAGGAGCUGCCCCCGGGCACAGACGACCUGCCCGACCCCGCCAAGAGAGUGACGGAGAUUGAGAAUAUGCGGCACAAGGUCAUAGAGGUGCGGCAGGAAAUCUUCAACCACAACGAGCAUGAAGUCAGUAAACGCUGGGCUUUUGAGGAAGCGAUUAAAAGACCUUACUUUCACGUCAAAUCCUUAGAGAAGACACAGCUGCAAAACUGGAAGGAGUACCUGGAUUUUGAGAUAGAAAAUGGCACCCCGGAGAGAGCGGUGGUUCUGUUUGAAAGAUGCCUCAUCGCUUGUGCUCUCUACGAAGAGUUCUGGAUCAAGUACGCAAAAUAUCUAGAGAGCUACAGCACGGAUGGAGUGAGGCACAUAUACAAGAAGGCAUGCAUGGUUCAUCUCCCCCGGAAGCCCACCAUCCACCUGCUCUGGGCCGCCUUUGAGGAGCAGCAAGGUCAGGUAGAGGAGGCCCGCAGCAUCCUUCAGUCCCUGGAGGUCACAGUCCCCGGUUUGGCUGUGGUGCGUCUGCGGCGGGUGAGUCUGGAGCGGAGACACGGCUGCAUGGAGGACGCUGAGGUGCUACUGACCGACGCCCUGGCUACCGCCAAGACGCCCACAGAGGCCUCCUUCUUCGCAGUCAAACUGGCACGGCACUUUCUGAAGCUGCACAAAAACCAAGAGCGCGCAAAGAAAAUCCUGCAGGAGGCCAUCCAGAGGGACCCGGCGAGUCCUAAGCUGUACUUGAACCUCCUGGAGCUUGAGUUUAAUGGGGACUUUGCACAGAACCAGACUGAGAUCAUGUCCUGUUUCGACCUCGCCAUCAAGAGCCCCAUGAGUCUGGAGUCCAGGCUGCUCUUCGCCCAGCGCAAAGUGGAGUUCCUGGAGGACUUUGGCACAGACGUCAACAUGCUUGUAGCUGCUCAUGAUGAACACAUAAAGCUAAAAGAAGAAAGUGAGUCGUUAAAACGGAAGGCGGAGAGAGAGGCGUACGACAGUGCGGAGCCAGAUGCAAAGAAGCAGCGUGUCGAGGAUGGAACGGAGGCUGCGGACGCCACUGCAACUGCCACCAUGCCGGACAUGACGGCGAACAACUCCGCCUAUAACUACAAUUGGUACCAGCAGCAGUAUGGAGCCUGGAGUCAGACCAACUCCUGGGGACAGUACGGGCAAUACGGGCAAUACAACCAGUACUACCCUCCCCCUCCCACAUGA